CGUGACACCAGUAAUUGAUUCCUAUAUAACUGAUACAGAACUACUCCUCACUAUACACAUAUUUCAACCAGGCUUAAUUAGAGUUUGGAGUAUUUCAACCUGGCCUGAUGAGCUUUUGGAGUAUUUCUGUUCAUGUAUUGUUGUUAUAGUGAUGCCCCUGUGCAUUGCUCAGCCCUAUUCUUCAAAACAAUGUAAUGAUUGACAAACUGAGUGAAUUGGACAGGGAAAAUCAUGUCAUUUGGGAUGUGGCAACGAAUUGUAACUAAUGGCUCCAGGCUGCCCAUCACUACCUUAGAUAGCAAGGAAAGGGUGGUGAUGGAGUCUUAUGGAGACAAAUAAUAGCAUACCAUGAAAAAUAUUAGAUGUGUAAAAACUCUUUGUGAAAUGUUGUCAUGAGGUAACGCCAUACAGUAAAGAGAAUCCAUAUUUCCAACCUGUGGAAAGGCCUGAUCACACUACAGCCACAACUAAAACAGUUACAAACCACUCAGGCAGGAUAGCAGCACCGGUAGUGGGAUUCAAAUUACUUUCCACUUUUAUAGCAGUUGUCACCCUCUGGAUCCUGAAACCACUACAAUCCUCCCAUUUACACAUUCAUGGGUGACCUAUUUGUCAACUAAUGAGGCGAGUGGUGUUCCAAGCUCCUGUCUCCUUAACAGUAUAUCAGAACUGCAGAGCAUUUGGUUAAAAGGGGGAAACUGCAGUCAGAUCCUACGGCUACCAGAAUCUGGAUUUUUGAGGUUUUGUAUAACGGCUGCUUCAAUGGUUCCUGUGCCUGCAUUCUUUAAUCUAUAAUGGAAUGGCUGAUAUCAUCCGAAAGCAAAAACUCUUUAGAAUCAACAGGAAGUGAGAGAAAGAGUUUGAUGUACUGCCAAUGAGUUUCAAGGGCUAGCAUUUUCUUUCCUUAUACGUGGUCAUCAAAAUGGAAACACACCUUGGAAACACAGUUGAGACUCAUGCCCUGGCCCACUGAAGCCGUUUGACACAGCUGUCUUUGACCUUUCCAAAUCCACUUUUGUGUGGAUAUGCACAUGCAUUUUGCCAUGUGUUUUUUUUGAGACUCCGAAAGGGACCUUUUGGUUACCCAAAACACAACCUCCAAAUAAAAUAUUACUGCACAAGAACCUUUUCAGCUGGAAGCAUGAUCUUGGUCACAAACCAUUGCUAACCCCUUGAGGAGUUGUACAAUCACUCACACUGGAUAGCAGCACCAUUAGUGGAAUUCAAAUGACGUUUCACAUCUAUAGCUGUUAUCACCAUCUGGAUCCUGAAACCUUAACGAUCCUCCCAUUUACACCUUGAUGGUUGACAUUUUUGUCAACUAAUGAGGGGAGUGGUCUACAGCUUCGUUUCUACAGGAGUGGCCCAUAAAGCUCCUGUCUCCUUAACAUUAGAUCAGAACUGCAGAAGACUUGGUUAAAAGAGGCCAUCUGCAAACAGUACUAUCCUAUGGCUAUCAGAACCUGAAUGACUGAGAAUCUUCAUAGACGCUCAUCACAACUCACAAUGAACAUGACUCACAUAAAGGAAGAGGACAUUUAUGACUUUCUACCCGACCAUUUGUCUACAGAAACGAAAGAUAGUUGUACUUGGACACCAAUUUGCAAAGAAGAACCAGGUUUGUCACCUGAAGUUGAAAGAGAAGAGAAGUUUCAUGUCAUGCAAUUUAGUGACAUCUCUACAAUUCAGCCUUUAACUCCUUCACAACAGUCUGUUUCCUUGAAGGUGGUUAAAGAAGAAGACAUUUAUGAUUUCCUCCCGGAGUAUUUGUACAGACCAAAGGAGGAAGAGAAUGAAACUGAGACAUCAGACGUUAAAGAAGAAGCUCUGGACAUGAAAUGUGAAACAGAUUCUUCCCUAACGGGACACAAUGCAGACAUGGCUCCAGCAGGUACCACGGGUGAAAAGAACUGUGAAACAAAAGACUUAUCAUCAAAGCACAAGAGAACCCAUACAGCAGAGGAGCAUUACCAGCAUGUUACAUGUGGACAAGGCUUUGUACGGAAAAAUUAUAUCAUCACCCAUCAGAGUGUCCUUACUUUGGAAAGACCUCACCAGUGUGCUACAUGUGGGAAAGGCUUUACAAAGAAACAUGAUCUCAUCAGGCAUCAGAGAAUCCAUACUGGGGAAAAGCCUUACCAGUGUACUACAUGUGGGAAAGGCUUUUCACAGAAAUAUGAUCUCAUCAGGCAUCAGAGAACCCAUACUGGGGAAAGGCCUUACCAGUGUACUACAUGUGGGAAAAGCUUUGUAGAGAAAAGGGCCCUCAUCAGGCAUCAAAAAACCCAUACUGGUGAAAAGCCUUACCAGUGUACUACAUGUGGAAAAGGGUUCACACAGAAAUGUAAUCUCAUUGCUCAUCAAAAAACCCAUACUGGGGAAAGACCUUACCAGUGUACUACAUGUGGAAAAGGGUUUACACAGAAAAGUACUCUCAAUGCUCACCAGAGAGCCCAUACUGGGGAAAGACCUUACCAGUGUACUACAUGUGGAAGAGGGUUUACACAGAAAAGUACUCUCAAUACUCAUCAGACAACCCAUACAGGGGAAAGGCCUUUCCUUUGUGCUAGAUGUGGAAAAGGGUUUACAAGGAAAUGUAAUCUCAUUACUCACCAGACAACCCAUACUGGGGAAAGGCCUUACCAGUGAGCUGCAUUUGGAAAAGGCUUUGUACAGAAAGGUGAUCUCAACAGGCAUCAGAACAUUCACAUUGACUGCAAUUAACAGUGCCUAAAACGUUAGAUAACCCAGCCUCUCAACACAUAUACACCAUAGAAACUUUAUUCACAGUUUUCAAGUGUUGCUUUUCCUCAUUCAUAUUAUGAUUUUAUUCCUUUGCUUUGCACACGUUGAUUACUUUAUUACAACUUGAAAAUCCUUCAGAAAUGUAUCAGUUAUUUUGUGUAUAUGACUAUUUCUUAAAUCAAGUGUUUUUUUUCAUGGAGCAAGGAGUGUUUCUGUAGUAUAUUCCCUAAAUGGGUGAAGUGAUCAGGAAAUCAAUGAAUUAUUUUACAAAUACAGAGACCCAGAGCAUGUACUGUAAAGAAACAACAGCACACAUCAAGGGCAACUUUACAACAGUGGUUCUCAACCUUUCUUGAAUUGCACCCCCUGGACCUCAACAUAAGCCCUGCAACGCCCCCCUAAUAAUUCUGCCAAUGUCAGUAAUAGUAUCAAAAAAUAAAAUGGACUAAUGUCGCCCAAUGGAAACUAAGCACUGCACCCUCUACUGUGUCCUUCUCAAUCCCCCCCUAUGGCUGCCCAACACCCCCUUGUUGAGAAACUCUAUUGCUGAACUAUUACUACAUUACACUACACUAAGUAUCGCUAAUGUGAAGCUGUUAAUGCUUAGAAAUGUUGGAAUGGCUGUGGAUAACAAGCCUUAUAUUGUCAUGGCGAAGUAUAGUGUGUAUAGAGUGUAAUGGCUGCCAUUGUUAUCAUCAUGCCAGAUUAGAGUGUAACAGCUGCGAUUGUUAACAUGCCCGAUUAGAGUGUAAUUGCUGCCACUGCUUACAUAUAGCGUAUAUAUAGCGAUAACGUCUAACCUAUGAGAAAGGUAUCUCUCAUUGGCUCCCAUUAUAGCCCCGUUGGCAAACGCAGCCAAGUAAAAUAUGAAUGGGAGCCUAUUGGGCUAAAUGGCUCAGCAAGGAUUUGUGACGGUUCUGUUCUCUGGUUUGUAAAGAUGUGUGCACAUUCUGUACCUUAUCAUGGAAGUUAUAUUAGAAGUGAAUUUAAAGGUUCCUGACAUGGCGUUGUUCUCCCAAAGACGUGUUAGUUUUGUCCUGCAACACGCUAGCAUUUGGCUAAUACCUGCUGGCUGAGGAAUCUCUGCGACUAUUCACGACCAGAGCUGACGAGAGACGUACUCUGACUGAUCCUAGCAGAGACAUCUACGGUCACACACCUCAAAACCCCCCACCACCAUCCAACAUGUUAAUUGAAGGUGCCCAAAUUCUUAAGGAUGAGCGCAGUCAUUUCCUUUACCCCAUUUACACGUACCGCUUUUCCACCACCUUAAAUGCAAUAAAUAACAGGUGUCCGCAACAAUCCUAACAUAACUUUAAACACAUCGACAUCUGAAG